CUGACAAUGACUUACGAGAACUGUCAGUGUCAAACGCAAAACAAGAUUGGAUGUGUUUGUUUUGUGACGAAAUAUUUUAGUUUUAUUAUAAAAACUAAAAAAGCGUACUUAAUAGUAUGGUCUUGAACAUUACAUAUUCUUAUUUCUUUAUUAAAUAGCAGAAUACAAGAAGGCAAGGAUUGUUUGCUCGUUCAUUCGAUUUUUGCCAGAACACUAUCAAUAGCUACCGGAACACUGAUUAACAAUAGUUAUAUCCGGGAAAAAUCAAAUAGACAUUAUUCUGGACAUUAUUGUUUUAUUCAAAUGAAUCCGAGUAAUGACAUAUUAGAAGCGGAAUCUAUAAUAAUACCCUUCGAAGUAAUGGAAAAUACAUAUCUGGAUUAUGACCAGUUGCAUCAUUUCACACCACUUCUAACACAGAGCACAGAGCUAACCCAUGCAUUAAAAAAUCCCAUUCAAAGAUCUCUACCGACUCGAACAAUUUCAACAAAAAACAGUAAUGACAACCCUGAUCCCAAUGGUAAAGAUCACAAAAAACAUAAUAGUUAUUAUGGCUUUGCAAGACCAUUCAGGUUUGUAUUUCUUUUUUACCAGUUCAUAUAUCUGAUCGAGUUGUUCCUCAACGCGCCAUAGCUGUGUUACCAACAGCGCUGCGAAUUAGACGUGGCGUCGUCACUCCGCGAAGAUUAUUACCUCCGCAUGUACGAUUUGGGCCUAUACAAGGAAUAAAGCAACCUGUAUCUUCAAUGAAAAUGAAUGAAUUGAUAUUGAAUGCAGCAGUAAAUCAAAUGCCUAUAUUUUUUUUAAAAGGCGAUGAUUGUUUAAUGCAUAUUGACAUGUCAGAUAGAGAUAAAUCAAACUGGAUGUGUUUACUGCCACUUGGCAAUGAAUGUACGGCAAAUAUAUGGAUAUUUGAAGAGAAAAAUGAACUGUACGGAAUGACGACGAAAUCGAUACCUCCUCGGAAACCAUUAAUGCUUGGCUACAGCAAGUCUUACGCACAAGAUUACGGACUGCCAGGUGGGCAGCCAGUACUAGACCUAAAUGAAGCAUCUACAAUUCAAAAAGACUGGUGGUGUUUGGAUUGUGGGAGACCAAUGGCAACAAGUAUACUUCUGCAACAACAUAAAAACACUUACCACAAAGAAGACAUAAUGUCGUCACGGAGACGGUACUAUCAUUGUCGUCAUUGUAAGCGGAAGUUUUGUAGACUUUACACGUUAAAAAGACAUUUGAUGUCCCGGUUUUGUUUGAAGAACGUCACACAACCAGAAGAUAAAAAACAUUCCGAAGAAACACCUGACGCCGGUCUGAACAUAAGUACUGAGGACCACAGGAUUUCGUCAGAUGAAAGCUUCCAAAAUUAUUCCAAUGGCCUAGAUUUUUCAACAAAUUUGUUUGACGAUCGAAUGUCCGGCUUAGACAUAUCAGUUAAUUCUAGAGGUGUAAACGAUUUCAUCCCAUACACAAUAGACAAAGAAGAGAAUCUUGUAGCAAAUCUGGGAUUCAUCAGUGGACUGGAUUGUACCCAAAGUUCUCCACUUGAAACCGGUACGCCAGAAAAUAAUACGCAACAACAAAAAGCUACAGAGCCCUCGCCAUCGCGAAAACCCUGCAACCAAACUGUGACCAAAAAGAAAAAGAAACCGAUUGCAAUUUCAGAACGUCGUUUCUCAUGUCACUGCGGACGCGUGUACACCAACAAGGAGAAACUGGCCAAACACGUCCAUACGGUCUGCUCAGCUGACCACAGCGCAAAACCUGUUUCAAGCGCACCAAAUGAUACAAAAUACAAAUGUGAAACAUGUGAUAUCAAUUUUAAACGUCGCGGCAUGCUAGUGAAUCAUCUGUGGCGCGUGCACAACUCUACGUCUGCCGCCGUGCCGUUAGAGAAACGAAUCCGGCAUUACCCGUGCGUCGCCUGCCCUAAGAUAUACAGCUCGGCGGCUAAACGCAAUCAGCAUGUCACUAAUCAUCACCCAGAAGCGCAAGCGAACCGCGCGUCGUGGAUCGAGGGCGGCGUGGAGCGGUCGGCGCCGGCGGCGUGCGGCGCGUGCCCGCGGCAGUACGGCACGCGCGCCAAGCUGCUGCAGCACGUGCGCGCCGCACACCCGCAGCUGCAGCUCUGGUACCACAAGCUCUUACACCCGAAACGAAAUGCAAGCUGCAAUCCCCUCUGUAAUAUAGAAGUUGAUCGAUAUUGGACAUCUUUUCAUAAUUUUAUUUAUAAAAAAAAAUGUAAUGUCUGAGAAAUCUAAA